AUGGAUGAUAAAGUUGCGUUGACACACAACUGGAGUGCUGAUCUGUGGGACUGGCCUUUGCAGCACAAUGAUGGCGUGACGAAAGUAACGAACACUCAAGAACUGUUCGAAGUUGGCUUGGAUGUGUCCUUCUUCACACCUAAAGAAAUUGAAGUAAAAGUUGCCGGUGACAAUGUGGUAAUUCACUGUAGACAUGAAGCACGCACUGAUCAAUACGGUGAGAUUAGCCGUGAAAUCAGUCGCACUUACAAACUCCCACCAGAUAUUGACACAAAAUCACUAACAUCAAAUUUAACUACUCGUGGACAUCUGAUUAUCUCGGCUAAGAAGAAAAAGUGA